UUCUUCCUUGGGAAGGCGGGGCCAGGUUUGGUCCGGGUGAGUCGCCGUCCUGUGACGUAUUUCCGGGAAGAGCAGACUGCGGCGGACAUGGGUCAAAGUCAGAGUGGUGGUCAUGGACCCGGAGGAGGCAAGAAAGAUGACAAGGAUAAAAAGAAGAAGUACGAGCCACCAGUACCUACACGAGUCGGGAAAAAGAAAAAGAAGACGAAAGGGCCUGAUGCCGCUAGUAAACUUCCUCUUGUAACACCACACACACAAUGCAGACUGAAGCUCCUGAAAAUGGAGAGAAUUAAAGAUUAUCUCCUCAUGGAAGAAGAGUUUAUCAGAAAUCAGGAGCAGAUGAAACCCCUGGAGGAGAAGCAGGAGGAGGAGAGGUCCAAGGUGGAUGACCUACGGGGAACUCCCAUGUCUGUGGGCACACUAGAGGAGAUAAUUGAUGACAACCAUGCCAUCGUUUCCACAUCUGUCGGGUCUGAGCAUUAUGUCAGCAUUCUGUCAUUUGUAGAUAAAGAUCUGCUGGAACCAGGCUGCUCUGUCUUAUUAAACCACAAAGUGCAUGCAGUAAUUGGCGUUCUCAUGGAUGACACGGACCCCUUGGUAACUGUCAUGAAAGUGGAGAAAGCCCCUCAGGAGACAUAUGCUGAUAUCGGUGGACUGGACAACCAGAUUCAGGAAAUUAAGGAGUCUGUAGAGCUUCCACUCACCCACCCAGAGUACUACGAAGAGAUGGGCAUCAAACCACCUAAAGGAGUCAUCCUGUAUGGUCCUCCUGGCACAGGUAAAACCCUUCUGGCCAAGGCUGUAGCCAACCAGACAUCGGCCACUUUCCUGCGGGUAGUGGGCUCAGAGCUGAUCCAGAAAUACCUGGGAGACGGACCCAAGCUGGUGCGGGAGCUUUUCAGAGUGGCUGAAGAACAUGCUCCAUCCAUCGUAUUUAUUGAUGAAAUAGACGCCAUUGGCACAAAAAGAUACGAUUCCAACUCCGGUGGAGAGAGAGAAAUUCAGAGAACCAUGUUGGAGCUUCUGAACCAGCUAGAUGGAUUUGAUUCCCGAGGGGAUGUAAAAGUUAUAAUGGCCACAAACAGGAUAGAAACCCUAGACCCAGCAUUAAUUAGACCAGGUCGUAUCGACCGUAAAAUUGAGUUCCCCUUGCCUGAUGAGAAGACAAAGAGGAGAAUCUUCCUGAUACACACCAGCCGCAUGACCCUGGCAGACGACGUCACGCUGGAUGACUUAAUCAUGGCAAAAGAUGACCUGUCUGGAGCAGAUAUAAAGGCUAUAUGUACAGAGGGUGGUUUGAUGGCUCUGCGUGAGAGGAGGAUGAAGGUCACCAACGAAGAUUUUAAGAAGUCAAAAGAAAAUGUCUUGUACAAGAAACAAGAAGGCACCCCGGAAGGCCUCUAUCUCUAACUUUUUCUUUUCUUUUUUUUUUUCCACUGGGUAGGGGAAAAUGUUAAUGUAUGUUUGGUUGGCUUUGUCCAAGUUCUCUAGAGGUUGGAAUUGGCCUUUGUUAUCCCUUUUGGCAAAAGGGUCUGUUCAUAGUGUUUGGCGGAGGUUUUACAGGACACCUAAAACAUACCAGGCCGGUAUUUAGCACAGGAGGGCACUAAAUAAAAUUCUGUAAAACCCAAAAAAUUGGAUCCAUUGCAAUUUGUGUGUUUUACAGGCUGUUGCCUGUGAUAGUGUUGCGGAGGAAACUGCUUUUUUAGGCUUAAAGUAGAACUAAAGGCACAACUUUCAUUUUAGACUGAAUAAGAGAGGGCUAUAACUCAUGUAAGGUUUAUUUUUGUCGAAUGUGUCCUAUUUAGGGGAUUUCCCUUCACGUUCUGUCCCAAAGCCAAAGGAAGUGAGAGAAAACUCCUCUGAAGUGAGAGAAUCCUUGGUUGUUACCAGAACAACCUUUGGAAGAUAUCCCCAAUAUUUCUGUUAUGGGGAAAUGGUGGUGAAUGUCCCCAACUGGAGAACAGACAGCAAUAAAAAUCUAACGGGUUUAAUCCCUCUCCUCUAUCCAAAAGUAAAAAAAAAAAGUAAUUUUUGUGGUGCUCUUUAUUACCAAGGUAAAGUAGAUCUAUGUCCUAUGAGAUGUAGACAGCUAGUUCAGGCACUUCCUGUUAUAGGGUUACAGCAUUCUGUUCCCGUCUCCCAACUGUGCUCCUGCAUUGUCACACCAGCUUUUGAUAGAGAGUAAAAGCACCCCUCUCAAUACACAUUAGACACCCUGUGGUUUACUAACGGACAAUACAAGUGGCCAUUUCAACAUACACAAUUACACAGGCCGUGUCUGUUGCUGUCACUACCAGGAAACCUGCCCUGGCAAAUGCCUGGAAGCCAUCUUGGGAGUGCAUGUAGACAGGAAGUGGCAAAAAUUCUGCAAGGGAUCAGCAGGACUGAAAUGCAUCAAAGGAUAAAAUAAAAGUGGCAACAUUGUAAAACCAUUUUCUGUAUUUUUUUUUCUUUUUUGCUCGAUUGAAAUGUAAUCACUUUCAGGACCACUUACAGCUGCUUCCAAUAAAAUACGAAAUUCUGCUUCA